CUUUUUCAUCAACCAAUUUGGAAUCUUUAGAAACAACGCCUGCAAUAUUUGAACAAACAACAUUCUUCGUCACUUCUUCAACUACACCUGAAGCUACAUCAACUACAGCAACAACAGAGAUGACCACACCUUAUAAACAAGAAAGCACAGAAGCAAUACUUUCAACUACUCCAACUACAGAAAAUGUUGCAACAGCAACCACUUCUUCAUCAACCAAAGUCAAACUGGUAGAAACAACGCCUGCAAUAUUUGAACAAACAACAUUCUUCGUCACUUCUUCAAAUACAGCUGAAGCUACAUCAUCUACAGAAACCACAGAGAAGACCACACUUUAUAUAUCAGAAAGCACAGAAACAAUAUUUUCAUCUACUCCAACUACACCCAAUGUUGAAACAGCAACCACGUCUUCAUCAACCAUAUUUGUACCUACAACAGCUGAAACAACUUUAGUCACAGCAACAGCAGAGAUC